AUGAUGAUGAUGAACAAGGCGAGGUAUUACGAAGUAUUGGAGGAACGUAGGAAUCUACCAGUGUGGGUGCAGAAACAAGAGUUUCUCAAAACUUUCAAGGAAAAUCAGAUAGUGAUGCUUGUGGGUGAGACCGGCUGUGGUAAAACCACGCAGAUCCCACAGUUUGUUUUAGAAGCAAUCGCCGAUGAAAAAAACCCUAACCCUAGAAAGUGGGUGGUUGGGUGCACGCAAACUCGUAGAGUUGCGGCCAUGUCUGCGGCCCGUCGUGUUGCUCAAGAGAUGGGUGUAGAGAUCGGGCAAGAAGUCGGUUACUCAGUCCGUUUUGAGGAUUGCAGCAGCCCCCAGACGGUGCUCAAGUACCUGACCGGUGGAAUGCUUCUGAGAGAAGCGGCGGCGGAUCCACUCUUAGAGAGAUACAAAGUGAUUGUUCUGGACGAGGCUCAUGAAAAAAGUCUGCCCACUGAUUUGCUUUCUGGUAUCCUCAAAGAAGCAUUGAUUAGCCGACCUGAUCUUAAGCUGGUUGUGAUGAGUGCAAACCCCUGGUUCCACAGGGAUGUGUUUAGAAGUGAGCCUCCUCUCAUCACAGUCCCUGGUAGGCUCCAUCCUGUGGAGAUCUUGUAUACUCGACAACCUGUCAUGGACUAUCUCGAGGCUGCUAUAAGCAAAGUUAUCCAGAUUCACACGUGUGAGCCACCUGGUGAUGUUGUUGUUUUCUUGACCGGGGAAGAAGAGAUUCAAGUUGCUUGCAGCAGAAUUUCCCGUUCGCUUGGAGAGCAAGUCAUAGUUUUGCCAUUGUAUUCCUCCACUCUUACGCCUGCCAGGCAACACAUGAUUUUCGAUCCUACACCUGUGAGAAAGAUUGUCGUUGCAGAGGCUUCUUUAAGCAUCGACGGGAUUGUUUACGUGGUCGAUCCUGGUUUCUCCAGGCAGAAAGUCUACAACCCACGCACUGGUAUCCAGUCCGUGUUGGUGUCCCCAAUAUCCAAGGCCAGUGCUGACCAGAGAGCGGGUCGUGCCGGUAGAACACGGCCUGGAAAAUGCUUCAGGCUUUACACUCAGCAAAAUCUCAGUGACUUGAGUGACUCGCCAUUUCCUGAGAUAUGUAGAUCAAACCUUGUAAACACAGUUCUUGUUGGGUGA